AUGCCGUCCCGAUUAUCUGGCGCUUACAAGAAGCGGUCUAAGUGCGGACCGAAUCUGUUGUUUGAGCAAUGGCUAACAGAAGCCAUGAAUGAUGCUUUUGCCAGACAAGCUAAAUCCCAUCACACAUACCGAAAGGCCUUAUUGUCCCUCCAGAAAUAUCCUUUACUUCUCAGCAGUGGAAAAGAAUGCCGCAUAUUAGAAGGUUUCGGCCAAAAGAUUUGUGAUUUUCUCGAUGAAAAGCUUUCCAUUUAUGCUGAAGAGCUUGGUGUUUCACCAUCCGAGGCUAUCUUACUUGGAAACAAGAAAAGGCGUCUGUCAUCAGAGUAUUGUCUACAAAAAUCCCAGUCUUCUGUAGCAAGCCGAGAUGUCCCUGGCACUGCAACUAUGCAAUCCUUACCGCGUGUUGAUUCAACUUGGGCAAAAAAUGGCGAUUCCUCAGCAGAGCAGCUGCUACUCACUCUGUUCAAAACCUCCAAACACCCCAUGGGUUGCAGUCUCCAGGAGUUGGCCGCGUGUCUGCGAAAUCCAAAUUCUACCCUCCAUGCCGACUCUGUGACAACACACCUACAACAUCUUGUUGAUCGGGGCGUCGUCGGCCCAGUACCCAGUCGACCGGGCUACUACCGUUUGCUGGAUAACCAACCAGCGUCGCCACUCCACAUUCCAGCGGUGGAUUGUUUUCGCUUCCCCGAGGGGUGUCAGCUUGGCACUGGUAACGGCGAAGUUGCCGGUGUAACCUCUCACCCCGCCCCUGCUGCUCCAGUGGACAGUGAACCAGUCGAGAAAGAAGACUGCACUGGUCAUGUAGAGGUCUCCUCCACUUGCAUCUCCUAUCCACUGACUUUCACAUAUGCCAAUCUUCAAGGGGAGCCAGUUCGCCACCGAUUCGAUGCACAUGUUUCCACAUUUGAUUCCGAUGCUGGGGACGGCGAGCAGCUAACUGGCUUUCGUAUUCUGUGUGCUUAUGAGGACCUGAUUGUUGCUGGUUUGCCAUACCGGAUGGAUUGGAGCACGUCCAGCUCCCUCGACAAUGGUUCGUCUGUCAGCGCUUACCUCCUCGAUCCUGCUGCGCCCUUACAGUGCACUCGAAUAAUUAACUCACCCACGUCGCUUCCGCAAACAAAUGUUUCCGUUACACCAAAUCUGUCCAUUCACAUUUCGAACAUAGUUAUCCAGAAACCCCCAGACUGUUUACCGGAAUCGAUUCCAGGUCAUCCUGUCUCAGAGGCAUCCUCUUUCAAUCUUACAAAUGUCACCCUGACGUCCUCAUGUGCAUCCGUUACUGUUCAACCGCUUUCGGACCACAUUGCCUCCCGAUCCCAACCAGUUGUUUCAUUACGCCAAAACGUUCCCUCCUCUGGUGUUCCCUCAGGGAUCAGAGCGCCUUCACUCGUGGUAGCUGGUGGGUCCUAUAAAAUUGUCCUAUUGGCCGAUGUUCGUGAGCAAUUUGGACUAAAUCGAGUAAAGCAGUUGUUACCUCCAGUUUUGCAGUCGCUUGGCGUUGACUGUGAAUCACGUGCGCUCCCUGUCGGUGACUUUUUGUGGGUUGUUCGCUGGGUCGAUGAGCGUGGUGAAAUAUCGGAAGCCGUGCUUGACUACAUUGUUGAGAGAAAACGAAUGGAUGACUUAGCCUCAAGCAUCGUCGAUGGCAGAUUUCAGGAGCAAAAGUACAGGAUGAAGCGUACACAGAUAUCCCAUCCGAUCUAUCUGAUCGAAGAAUGCUCCUACAUGCGGAACCAGCGCAUCCCAUUCGAGACAUUAUUGCAGGCCAUCUCCAACGGACAGAUCAUUGACGGUUUUCAAGUUAUGGUCACACGCGGCUCCGAAGACUCAGUCGAUUGGCUCGCUUCAAUGACUAGUGUCCUCCAGGAACGUUCCGCAGACAACCUCUUUAUCUGUGCUCCAGGUACAUCACCUGAUUUACAGUCCUCAGCACUAAUUGGUUUUCCUUGGGUCGAUUUCGUCCGGUUGGCCAACAAAUCACUCCCUCCGACCUCCCGAGACAUGUUCGCCAAGCAGUUGUUGCAAAUCCAUGGACUUUCUGGACCAAAAGCCACAGCUGUUUUAAAUGUGUAUCCCACACCCUCUAGGUUGUUUUUAGCCUAUGAUAACCUACCAACGGAUGAUGAUAGGAAAAACAUGUUGGCCUCCUUGAAAAUUCCCGGCACGAACCGGUGUCUCGGAAGCUCCCUAAGCCGAUUAGUCUAUUUGGCCUACAAUACUGUGUAGCAGACAGCCCCGGUGGGAUCCGCCCCGGUGAACUGCGGUUUCUUUAUCUUUUAUUCCUCUCCAUAGAUGAUGCUUGUAAACUUAGUGUUGCAUUUAUAAACCACUCGUUCUUCUC